AUGUGGGACCCCCCUGGCUCGCAACACCUGCACCUGUCCCGGGGCGAUGGGGGCUGCGUGGGGCGGCCAACGCUGAGGGGGCCCCCCCCCCCCCGGCGGUGCCGGCGCCAUGUUUGCGCGGCGGAGGUCGGGGGAGCCGCGGAGCCCCCGCGGAGCUGCGCCCGCCUCGAUGUCCGCAUUCCAGCUCAUGUUGCGCAGAUAAAAUUCAAACUUGAGGUUUUCCUGACUGUUCUGUGGCCCUAUCGCUGCAGCCGCCAUGGAUCCGAAUGCUGUGGCUGCAAAGGCUUCUUACUUUCUCAUGCUGGAUCCCUCAAAUCCAAGAGCUGCUUGGCAGUUUCCAAGGCAACCACCUGUGGAAUAAUUAAAAAGGAUGAAGCGUUAGUGUGCCAAAGAUACGGAAUUCUUGCCGGGAGAGAGCACUUCAUUUUCAUCUGUUAUGAAGAAUCAAAUGUGUCUCUGCCAGCAAAGUUAAGAAGAAGAAAUGGUGACCGAGCUGUGCAAGUGAACCAGGACAAUCCAAAAAAUUCAGAAGACGUCUGUGAGCGGCCGGGCAGGACUAGCACAGGAGAGGUGCUUCUGGUACCUGCUGCCUCUCGCCUGGGGCUUGUGCCAGCAAGGAGCCGAGGUGCCGACUUCACAUCACACCUGGGCUCGAUUUCGGAUGCUUCUCCUGGCAAUGCAGGGCAUGGAGGGCAGCACACCCACCACCCAUCCCCACAGAGCUGGGAAGAAGCCCAGGGGCUCAAAAAAAAGAGGAAGGUUGAGCAUUGUGCUGGAUUUCCUUUCCUGCUUUCUCUUUAUGGCUCUGUGGAUUUCGAAUUCCGCUCUGCGCUGGCACCGCUCCCGCAGGAGGGCAGGGAGCAGCCUCAGCUCAAGGUCUGCCCCAAGGCUGCUGCUUCGAGGACUGUAGGAAGGGGGAUCCACAGGAGGAGAAGUGCCCAGCUGCCCAGGAGAGCUAUACGCAACUCUGUAAUUACUGCCAUUCACAUCAGGCUCUCUAAUGGCAAUGCCAUGCACAACUUCGAAGGAAGGCGGUGUGGCGUAACUGCAGCGUACAGACACAAGGGCAUCCUUUUGGUGGAAGACUCUGAUUAUCACAUUAUUAUCAGCCGAUUAAGCUGGUACUGGAGUUUGCCAGCCCUCUGUUAAGUGCUCCUACGGAAUUACAGAGUCAUAGAUGUUAGAGAUGGAAAGUGCAUGAGAUCAUCCAGACCGUCGUCCUGCCAGGACUUGUUUUCUGCUGCAUUUUUUUUUUUUCCUGCUUCUGCGGUUUAUGGCUAGAGAUACUCUAAGGACUUGGCCUUCCACUUCGAUACUCUUUUCCACAAAGUUUGAUGAAUAAGAGUGGUCUGUUCUGGUGUCACUUGAGAAAUUGCUGAAAGUUACCUGAAAAGGCCAGUUUUAAGUUUUACUCUGGAAAUGGUUUUUGGGGUGGGGUUAUUACACCAGUGUAAAUAAAGUGCUUCUGAACUCUGUUGUGACAUUCAGGCUGUCGGGAAGUGAUCCUGUGCAGGCAAGUCUGCAGAAGGCGUUGCAGGGAAAAUGAACGAAAGGGCACGUUUCAGUUAGUGACAGAAAUGGUGGAAGUUGUAUUGUCGUUAUCUGCAUCUUCAUUUUUCCCCCUUUCCAUUAUCCUCUCUCGUUCUCAGAACCACUUUAUAAAUACUGUUUCUUUUUUAGAGUUGCAUUCAUCUUGGUGGGAUCUGGGGGUUGCUUGCUUGUUGUUUGUUUCUCAGUGCCUGGUCUUCGCUACCAGAAGUCUUGGGCGCCCAGGCAGGGUCAUCUCCACAAUUUCCAGCGUCUUCACCACAAAGAGCUUGACCAACACCCCCCAAAAUAAAUAUCCUUGGCCAUAAGGAAGACAGACGGGCAUUGUUCUCGCUCUUACCCCAUGAGAGAGCGGCUGGUUUGGUUCUGGUGUGAGCUGGCUCAUAGCCACGCUGGCCUGAGUCAGACCAUUCAAAGAGUGGCCUAGGGUCAUACCCCGGCGCCUUUAGCCUAAAUCUCUGGUUUCUGAGGCAUUUUAUUACUGUUCUCAUUGCAGAGUGCCCCAAAUGAUGAGAGGGUUGCGUUGCAAGCCUCCAGAGAAGAGUUUUCGGUUGCCUUCCUUAAAGCCACCUAAGAAGCUCAACGCAGGGUAGGGAUGUUGAUGAGAGAGGUGAGGACAGGAAUAUUGCAGGAGGUAAAAUUACUAUUGCCGAGUGGUUUGAAGGUAUUUGAGGAUCGGAUUGUGUAACUGAAUGGGGAAAUGAAUGAGAAACAUGUAAAGGGGUGGGUUAGUGAGUGAGUAAGAGAAAAUGUGAGUGGGCGGGUAAUUAGACUGGCAAGUGCGAGAGGAGGUAGGAGUGGGUGACUGGAGGGGUAGGUAUGUAGCAGGAAGGUUGAAGCAGCUUCAUGGGUCGGCUCCGUGACAAUACUUGAAGGAAGGGGAAAAAACAGCCCCCUCGAGGCGUGUGGACGAGUUGGGUGCCGGUGCAGGCACCGCGCUGCGCUCAGCAGAGGACCCUCGAGACCUUGGUUGCUUUCCAGCAGCCCACCUGCAGCUCGUGGGAGGGCAGGUCAUUGGCUCUGCCUAAAUAAAUGUCCGUGUGUCUGUCUGAAUACAGCAGGCAGCCAGCUUGGCCUUGGUCAUGUGGCUGUAUUCUGCUCGUGGUCAUGCAGGAAUAUGUAAAACCUUUACUAUUUGAAGGUGGUUUUGGCUCUGACAAAGUCACGGAGAAACCACGUGAACCCAACAUAUGCCUGAGCCCAUCUGGAGCACUGCUGUGCGUAGUGGACGUUGCCAGCAGUUGAAACAGCCCAGAGCUGCAAGUGGAAGGAGUUAGGUGGCAAGUACUGCAGAGCCCCAGCCCGGCUGAGGUAGGAAGGCACCUCUGGGUGCCUCUGCUCCCACCCUGCUCCACGUCCAGGUGGCUUCUGAAGCCCUCCAAGGAGGGGACACCACAGCCUCAGGGUACCUGUGCCAGGGCUCCAGCACCCAUGUGGUGACCUUCCUCAUUGGCGAGGCUGAGAUAAAAGGUACAGAAGUGCCAGAUGUGCUCAAAGUACAAAUAUACAACACAGCAGCAUCACAGCAUCUCCCAAACCUGAAACUCUUUCCCUUGCAAUGAAUGAAACGUGAAGUUGCAGUCAUUAAAAAUAAUUAUCAAACCUUGACCGAUGACUUUCAUUAGGAUCUUUUACCAUAACCGGCGUAAGGCUGGCCAUAGUUCACUGUGUCUAAUCAGUAAUUGUUUGUAAUUUACCGUGGCAGAGUUACAGCCCCAGCUGUGACCUUUUCCUAGCUGGGUACAGUCGGGCCAUUGUUGAAGGUAAUGGCUCCACUACCCCGUUAAGUUACACUAAGUUGCGUGUGGUACAUUUUCAAUGUUUAUUGUAAGAAUGCAAGUCCUUUUGAAGUCCAAAUAGAGGUGAAUGACUCCUGCAGGAAGUCGCAGGCUUUAUCUCCGCUGCCCCAAAGGUGUGUAUUUGCUAAGGAAUAACUAAUACGUGGUGGUGCACCGAAACAUCCUACUGCAGACCUGGCCCUGCUGCUUUUUGCAUCAAGUAACCAGGCAAGGUGAGUUUCCCCUUACUGAACCUACUUUGUGAGGAAAACCGCGUUGGUUGCACGUGGAUGUAAGAGCAGGGUGAUGGCCAAGCAGCCUGCUGUAACAAACGUGGUGACUCUGUGGUUGUCAUUCCGCCCUGCACGGGUGGUUUCAGCCCAUGUCAUGCUCUGGAGGCUGCUCUGGGAAGGGGGACCCAGCUCAGCACCACAGGGUGUUUGCUGCCUCCUGCCAGCAAGGUGCCUGUUCUCCUUGCAGGGCACAAAGUCCCUGCAGCUGGGUUACACCAAUGUCUGGGACGGGCAUCAGGGCACCUAACUCGUCGAACUAUCCCCAGCUAGAGAAAUCUCUUCUCAUCUUCAAAGCAGUCACCUGUUGCAAGCCAAAACUCCUCCAAAGCUUGUAACUGUAGCCAGGCGAGCUCAUGCAGCAGGCAGUGUUCUUUUUCUGUCAAACCCAGAAAGCAUUUGCUGUGCUUAGGCAGAUGUCGUGCUGUUAGAAGAACUCAGAUCUCGUGCUGCUGUUGAAAUGCUGUAGUAACCGUGCUGCGAGGAGCUGCAGGAAUUGAAUUGCUGGGUCAAAAGCUCUGCUCGCACCUGCUGACAGUGGGAUUGCGCAGAAACUGUUAAGAGUACUGACAACUGCAACCCUAGCUAGGAGCUUGUUUGCUGUUACGCUUGACACUAAGGCUUAGAACAACAAUCGUAAGAGCAGCGUGCACCCGCGAUGGAAAUACAGAUAGUCAUCACAUUUCUGAGAGGGCAGGUGCAGGAAGCUACUACAGGGAAGGAGGCUUACUAGUUUUCUCAAGGCUUGGGAUUAUGCAGUGGAGCAGCGUAUUUUAGACGCUACGGAGAAAGUUCACAACAGCAUGGUCAAAAGGGACACACUCAAGGGAAAGUGAAGGGAAACGCUCACUUGGUCUGAGAAAAAAAGCAAGCAGUUAAUGCUGGUAGCUCUGCUGACUAUAUAAUCCUGAGGUAGCGUCCAUAGGAAAAUGGCCACACAGCUUAAACAAGAAGGAAAGGAAGUGGAAAACACGCGCUAGCAUCCAGAAACGGAUUCCUGAGUCAUGGAAGAUGGCUGAGAUGGGCGUUGUCAAUAGGAGCUGCAUAAAAGCUCCCAUUUUUGCAGACGCCUUCUGGGCUGGUAGACGUUGACGACGAUGUUGUAAGGCUGCGUGACACUAAGGAAGUCGGUGCGUGACACUCCGGAUGCCACGUGGUUGCCCUGUUUACAGUCAGCCCAGCUCAGUGGCCACCUUCUCUAAAAUGGGCUUGGUUGAGCAAAUCGUUCACCCCUGUUACAGCGAGGAGGAUCAGCGGGGCCGUGAAACCCGUCCACGAUGGCUGUAGGCAGUGCUCAGGAUACACAUUACUUUCAUCUUACCUGGAAACCUAACGGGAAUUUUAUGGCCCUUGAAAGCGGGAUGAGUGCUGUUUGUCUCAUGGUUUUACAGCCUGGUGUAAACAGAGCGCUGCUCCAGCCUGGAAAUGCAGGAGGCUGCUGGAACAGUCGAUGUUGCUGAGAGGCAGGUCGUGCCUUCGAGGGGUGCUGCUCCCACCUUCACACCGGUGCUGAUCUCCUGAGCAUGCUUUCCAUAUGCCAAAGGAAGAACACGAUGUUGGAGGGAAAGCCUAUUUAUAAAUGUGUACUGACUGAAAGGUAAAUAACUCCCGUUUCCAGUAAAUUAAUGGAAUAUGCUCUCUGCACUGGAUGUGUUCCCUGCUGAGAAGUGGCUGGGGUAAAUAUAUCUGGCAUGUAUUGUGUUUGCUGCUCUGCAGCAUGGUACGUAGGAAGCAGGUAUUUUUAAAAAUCGUUUUCUCAUUCUUUGCUUCUUAAAUACAACAGAAGAAGGGUUCAAAGGUGGUUUGUUUUGCUCUGAAAAUAUUUCUGGAUUGGCGUUCGUGUUUUUGCAGUGUCAUCCCUGAUGGGAGGGGUCAAGAAUACUUAAAUCUUCUGCUGAAAGAUUCUCUGCAGCCUGUUUAUCAGGCAUGGGAAUUCAUCUGGGAUUAAAAACAAUCACACUUGGAUCUGAUUGAAUUUCCUGUCCCUUUCAUUUUUUGUCUUCUCUUCUGUGUGGUAAUUCUAUUUUACUUGCUCUUCAGUAAUCAGAGAGUCUUUCAAAGUAAUCAUAAUUGGAGUUUGUACUGUACCAGAAAAAAUACAGAGAAUUAAACAUUUUUGUGCAUGUU